GCUUCUCGCGCGCUCGCGGGGUCGCGCGGACGCGGGUCGGGCCGCGGGUGCGGGGAGGUCGCCGGGCCGCCCGCGCCGCCGCCCCCUGCCUGACGCACGGAGGGGCCGGGACGCGAUUUGCCGCGAGUGGCUGGAGUCGCCGCCGCCGCCGCCGUCCAGGGCCGCUCCGCCCCCCAGCCCGCCUUCCUCCCGCCUCGCCCUCCGCCUCCGUCCGCGCCUCGCUCGCGUCCCCGCGUCCUCCCCACCAACCCCGGAGGUGUCGGUCGCCCGCGCUCGCGCCAGCGCCAGCCAGAAGUGAGGACAUUUACUGGAAUAAAAUGGAGGCCUCAGUAAUACUACCCAUUCUGAAGAAAAAACUUGCAUUCCUUUCAGGAGGAAAGGACAGACGGAGUGGCCUCAUUCUGACAAUUCCAUUAUGCCUGGAACAGACAAAUAUGGACGAGCUGAGUGUUACCUUAGACUACCUACUCAGCAUUCCAAGUGAAAAGUGUAAGGCUAGAGGAUUUACCGUGAUUGUGGAUGGCAGAAAAUCACAGUGGAAUGUGGUGAAAACAGUAGUCUUAAUGCUACAGAAUGUUGUUCCAGCUGAGGUGUCCCUUGUUUGUGUAGUGAAGCCUGAUGAAUUCUGGGAUAAGAAAGUAACACAUUUUUGUUUUUGGAAAGAGAAGGAUAGACUUGGCUUUGAGGUUAUUUUAGUGUCUGCCAAUAAAUUGACUCGUUACAUAGAACCGUGCCAGUUAACAGAAGAUUUUGGCGGGAGUCUCACCUAUGAUCACAUGGACUGGUUAAAUAAGAGACUGGUUUUUGAGAAGUUUACAAAAGAAUCUACAUCAUUAUUAGAUGAACUUGCUUUGAUUAACAAUGGAAGUGAUAAAGGAAAUCAGCAAGAGAAAGAAAGGUCUGUGGAUUUAAACUUUCUUCCAUCAGUUGAUCCUGAAACAGUUCUCCAGACAGGGCAUGAAUUAUUGUCCGAAUUACAGCAGCGUCGAUUUAAUGGCUCAGAUGGAGGGGUCUCAUGGUCUCCUAUGGAUGAUGAACUGCUGGCCCAGCCACAGGUUAUGAAAUUAUUAGAUUCUCUGAGAGAACAAUAUACUCGAUACCAGGAAGUUUGUAGACAACGUAGUAAGCGUACACAGUUAGAGGAGAUUCAACAGAAGGUGAUGCAGGUUGUAAACUGGCUUGAAGGUCCUGGAUCAGAACAACUACGAGCCCAGUGGGGGAUUGGAGACUCCAUCCGAGCCUCCCAGGCCCUACAGCAGAAGCAUGAAGAGAUUGAGAGCCAGCACAGUGAAUGGUUUGCAGUGUAUGUGGAACUUAAUCAGCAAAUUGCAGCACUCUUAAAUGCUGGGGACGAGGAAGAUCUUGUGGAACUGAAGUCACUGCAGCAACAACUUAGUGAUGUUUGCUAUCGACAGGCCAGUCAACUGGAAUUUAGGCAGAAUCUCUUACAAGCAGCUCUUGAAUUUCAUGGUGUUGCCCAAGAUUUGUCUCAGCAGUUGGAUGGCUUAUUAGGGAUGUUGUGCGUAGAUGUAGCACCAGCUGAUGGAGCAUCGAUUCAGCAGACUUUAAAACUGCUUGAAGAGAAGCUGAAAAGUGUUGAUGUAGGAUUACAAGGUUUGCGUGAAAAAGGUCAAGGACUUCUGGAUCAGAUCUCCAAUCAGGCAUCCUGGGCCUAUGGAAAGGAUGUAACCAUUGAAAAUAAAGAAAAUGUGGACCACAUACAAGGAGUGAUGGAAGAUAUGCAGCUUAGGAAACAAAGAUGUGAAGACAUGGUGGAUGUGCGAAGGUUAAAGAUGCUUCAAAUGGUGCAGUUGUUUAAAUGUGAAGAAGAUGCUGCCCAGGCAGUAGAAUGGCUAAGUGAACUUCUGGAUGCCCUGCUUAAGACCCACAUCAGAUUGGGUGAUGAUGCUCAGGAAACGAAAGUUUUACUAGAAAAGCAUAGAAAAUUUGUUGAUGUUGCACAGAGCACUUAUGACUACGGCAGACAGUUGCUACAGGCCACGGUGGUGUUGUGUCAGUCUCUGCGCUGCACAUCUCGGUCAUCUGGAGACACACUUCCUCGACUGAACAGAGUAUGGAAACAAUUUACAAUAGCAUCUGAAGAGAGAGUGCAUAGGCUGGAAAUGGCUAUUGCAUUUCACUCAAAUGCUGAAAAGAUUUUGCAAGACUGUCCAGAAGAGCCUGAAGCUAUUAAUGAUGAGGAGCAAUUUGAUGAGAUUGAAGCAGUUGGGAAAUCACUUUUGGAUAGAUUAACUGUUCCUGUAGUUUAUCCUGAUGGAACUGAACAAUAUUUUGGGAGUCCAAGUGACAUGGCUUCCACUGCAGAACACAUCAGAGACAGGAUGAAACUGCGUUACUUAGAGUACAUGUGAAGGAAGUGACAGAAGUCUGUUUGAAAGCAUGAGUUCUUUGUUCAUCGUGAAUUAAUGUUGGCCCACAAAUGGAGAAAGAACCAUCAUUUGUAUAUGCCAUUGUUGGUAUAUGCCACAACUUUCCACAUUACUUUGGCUCAUCUCAGGGAAUUCUUGAAGUGUUAAUUGGGCUAGUUUUGUUUUGUUUUUUGUUUGUUCUGUUUUGGGGGAUUUUUUUUUUCUCUUGCCUACUUACUAUAUAUUUGCUCCUCUAUAAGCUCAGUACAUAACAGUUUUGACAUCUGUUCUUCACACGUCUCACCCAGCAGAGCUAAGAUGCAAAGAUGGUAACUUUAUUUCAGAUAAAAUUAACUUCAUUACCAGUCCUUAUUGGUGAACUUAUUCUGCUAAGGUGACUCAUUGAUGAUGGUGAUGAAACUGCUCAGCCUGCCCAGCGAGGAUGUUGAUGGCAGGUCUAGGCUUCAUUACUGUGUGGAAGAUUGAAUACUACUAUCACUUUGUAGGCAUUUAAAUUGGCCAGUGCUCCCGAGUGUUAACUAGUAUUAAUGUGUUGUUUCAUUACCCUGUCAGUUGAAAUGUGGGGUGUGCUAUUUAGUUUGUUGUUACUGUUGGUGGCAUACACUUAAGGUGAACAUGAUGAUUACAUUCUGAUAGUGGUGAGCUAACCAUACUCUCUGUUGUAAACCUGUUGUAACCAACAGCACGACUGUGAGAUUAGCUGAACGGAACUCACUGUAUAGUCUACAGUCAGAGAACUCAGAAUUCUCUACUGCAUUGUAAUGUUCUUCGCCAGAGAGAUUGGAUAUUGCUGUGUACUCUUCCUAUCCUGUGGUUCCUAAGAACUAAACAUGCUCUGGUUGUGAAAGUCCUCCACAUCUUGAGUUUACUGAAAAUGGCAUGGAAAACUAACAUAAGUAUCAUCAGUGACAAGAGUUAUAUGGUUGAGGUAUCUUUGGUUAAACCCCCAAAGGAAGAAUUCCCUAAUUAAGGAGAUAGGCUGGAACAUACCUAGCCAAUUAACCCAAUUAGUAGACUUAGCACUGUUAACUUUCGGUUCUGAAAAUAAAAAUCUUCAGUUAGAGGUGGAACUAUACUUCUGCUGUGGAGGGCAACAAAUACCUUGAUAAGGCAAAAUUAAGUAUUGAUUUAACAUCUGACAUUACGCAGCUUUAGUAUGUGCUAUGGAAACAUCUAUGUUUAGCUAAGAAGCAUAAGUAAUGGCAAACAUAUUAAAGAUCAUAAAAAAGCCAAAGUAAGAACUGUAGUGAAUAUAAAUGCAAUGAGUUUGGAGUUUGAAUAUCUGGCUCAAAAUCUGGCUUUGCCAUUUACUGACCCUUGUAAAAAUGGCUAAACUUCUCUGGGUCUGUAAAUAUAAUCAUAUUAAAAAAUAGCUUGAAAACUACAAUAUUAUCCAAAGUGGAAGGGAUUAUUAAUAUAAUUAUCUUCUCAGAAUAGAAAAUAGAGCGUCUUUAAUGUUGCUCUUUUCUCUGAUGACGAGCAUGGGGUCAUGAGGGAAAUGGCACUAUGCUCACCUCUCUGAGCUCCAUUUCCCUUGCAUUCAGAAUUACGUACUGGAAAUACUAAGGGUGGAGUCGAUGAGCUCAUCAGUAAGAAAUAAGACUUUUAAAUCUGACAGAUUUAACUCUUAUGGCAGGAUGAUAGACCAGCGAAAU